UCGAACUGAGGUUAAGUUGCUCAACAUUUUUGGAAGUAAAUAGUAUUGUAAAAAAAACUUAAUAAUUAUUAUUAAUUAAUCAACGAUAAUUUUUAUAAUUAAUUAAAGAUAAAUAUUUUGAUAGUUUAUUGACAUUAAUAAUGAAUGAUCGUGCAUUUUAUUGUCGUUGUGUAAAUGACUUGAGAAUGUUUGGAACGAGAAAUGAAUUGAGUGCAGAUGAAAUAGAUGAAAUCUUCGAACAAUGUUUCAAAGAAUUGGAUAAAAAAUAUUUAACCUUUCGAAAUAAAAUUAUUAAACUAAUCAAAAUUAUUGUUUUCAUCUUUACCUUUAUUGUAUUCAGUAUUAUUGUUGUUUAUAACCAUCCUUCAACCCAUAAACUAUUUCUACGAAGCAUGCAAAAUUUCAUCUACCCUGGAUUCAAUGUUGUUAGAAAACUUGCAGUUCCAAUCAUUACGAGAUAUCCUCACCUUACAGAACUUUAUGAUGAAUCUUGCUUGGUAGAGAAUCCAUUUUUUCAUGUUUUAGAGAUGGACUGUUGGCCAUGUAAUGGUAUUCGAUCAGUCCCUAAUUUAACAGGAAUCAACAUUACAAAGAAUUUCAAUACCGGGAUACCAUUUACACGAUUCGAAAAUGAUACCAAUACAGAUAUGACCAGUAUUGUUGAUACUUAUUAUAAUCAUCAGGAAGUAUUUAUUUCUGAUGCUUUGAAAGUUACGUCAAAUAAUCUGGAGUAUAGAACUAUUUCUGAUGUUAUUAAUAAACAACUAAAUAAAUAUCCUUCCAAUUUGAAGAAUACUCAUAUCAGUUGGAGGAUUACUAGAGUAAAGCCUGGAAGAAUUUUAAGAAAAUUAUUUCCUAAAUUAUCUGGAACUCCUGACUGGUGGAGUCAAAGCGUUGAAAGAUUUCUUUUGAUUGAUGAACCAAAUGCAUCAAUUUAUAAUCUUCCAAAUCCUGAAUGCAGUAAUGUCAUUUUAAGAGCUACCAGUGGAAAAAGACUGAUAAAAUUAAUCCCGAGUUUAGAGUGUCAGUAUAAUUGUAGAACAAAUGCUGUAGUCUUAUCAGCGGGACAUUCGUUAUGGUAUAAUUGGUGGUAUUGGAGACCAAUAAGUCAACCGGUGAUAAAUUCAACAGAAAUAUCAGUGCAAUAUUUAACAUCAUUUUGUUAAUGCAUUUAUUAAUUUAUUUUUUUGAUAUACCAAUAAAAAAGUAUUAAAUAUUUA